UUGUACAGCAGUCGCCCAUAUCAUUCACGGACCGCACUGAACCCCCUUUCCUUCCUUCUCCUCUAUCUACUUCCCAUGAAACAACGCCAGAAAGAACAAUGAACUGCUUCAUUUUUCUUUGACCUUCCAAGUUGCAUUUUCUUUUCAGCCAAGAAUACGGUCUAGUUUACUGGAUCAAACUGGUGAUCUGGCGGGUUCUUGCAGAACAAAUUGGAUGUAGAUAAGCAUUAGUGAUCUGUGACUUCUGUAGGCGACAGAGGAACGAUGCUAAGCCAGCUAUGGUUUGCACUGCUAGGGAUAUACAGGAGUGGAAAGAUUUUCCAAAGGGACUUAGGGUUCUUCUCCUUGAUGGAGACAGAAGUUCUGCUUCGGAGAUAGCAACAAAGCUGGAGGCCAUGGACUAUAUCGUCUCUACAUUCUGUGAUGAGAAUGAAGCCUUGUCAGCAGUCUCCAGCAAACCUGAAGGCUUCCAUGUUGCCAUAGUGGAGGUCAGUACCAGCAGCCUGGGAAGUUUCAAAAUUCUUGAGUAUGCCAAAGACUUGCCUACCAUCAUGACUUCAGACAAUCACUGCUUGAGCACCAUGAUGAAGUGUGUAGCGCUUGGUGCAGUUGAGUUCCUAAACAAACCACUCUCCGAGGAAAAACUCAGGAAUAUCUGGCAGCAUGUUGUUCACAAGGCGUUCAACACUGGGACAAGUGUCCUGCCUAAAUCACUAGAAACUGUCAAAGAAUCUGUGGUAUUGCAGCUUCAAACAGACAGUGGGGAGCAUGGAAGUUUAAAUUUAGAGGAGUCUAGGUUCAGUGAUGAUGAUCAUGAGCAGUCUGCAGGAAGUGAAAAGUACCCUGCUCCUUCAACUCCACAACUAAAACAGGGGGCAAGGUUAAUGGACGACGGAGAUUGCCAAGAACAAACUAAUUGUUCAGCAGAAAAAGAAAGUGAGGACCAUGAUGGGGAAUCUAAAUUUGUCGAAACUACAUGUGGGACUUUGAAUGCCAACGGUACUUGUCAACCAGUGAAACCUGAAAAGGCACUGAACAUGGAGGAUGAGAACCUUGCAAAUGAUUCUAAGAGUGAGAAAGUUGUUUCUCCAUCUGUACAUGAUAGUGUUCUCAGCAACAUUGAAGGUGACACUGUAUCUCCAAAUAAACCAGGUGUUAAUAGUGAUUCCCGUCAAAUCAAAACUAAGAAGAAGGUAGACUGGACGCCUCAACUGCACAAGAAGUUUGUGAAGGCAGUGGAAAAAUUAGGGGUUGAUCAAGCAAUUCCUUCUCGAAUACUGGAGCUCAUGAAUGUGGAGGGCUUGACAAGGCAUAAUGUGGCAAGUCAUCUUCAGAAAUAUAGAAUGCAGAGGAGGCAAAUCUUGCCAAAGGAAGAUCGAAGAUGGGUACAAAGACCAGUUAUGGCUUUCCCUCCAUAUUAUUCUAACUGCACCCCAUCACCAGCUCAUGUGUAUCCUAUCUGGGGACAAUCUGGCAGUCAACCAGCCAGUAUGCAUGCUUGGGGCCCACUGGGUUAUCCCCCAUUUCAUCCUACUGAAAGUUGGCACUGGAAGCCAUAUCAUACGAUGCAUGCUGAUGCAUGGGGUUGCCCAGUGUUGCCAGCUUCUCAAGCUCCUUGUAUUUCGCUCUCUCAAAAUAUACCUGGAUGGGAUAAUGCUAAUGCAGUUAAUUGUAGUGCUAGCAAGUUAGGGAAUUCCUGCGAAUAUCAUGUGGCAGAAGAUGUUGUUGACAAGACAGUGAAGGAGGCAAUUAGCAAGCCAUGGCUACCAAUGCCACUAGGCCUCAAACCCCCUUCCAUUGAUUGCGUGUUGGCUGAGCUCUCUAGGCAAGGCAUUUCCACCAUCCCUCCUUGUUCCAGGCAUGCUAAACCAGAACCAGAACCCAAACCCCAGUGACCUCCGAUGGGAGACCCACGUCUCUUACGAUCAGCCAGUGCCCUUAUUAACAACUACAAAGCAACCUUCUGGUACAUGCCAAUCAGAACAACGCUCUGCUUCAAUUUAUUUUUUGAGGAAACUUUAUUUUGGUUGUCCAUGAAGAGGCGCACUUUUAAUUUUGCCAUUCAUAGGUCGGAUCUUCUAAAUUAAUUUCUCAAUUAUUACCCUGUUUUCAAUGUCAUAACUUCCAGUUUUUCUCUAUCCAAAAAUUAUGCCAAGCCUAAACAGAUUGCUUACUCUGAGUUAACAGUACCAAAUUGGCUGUUACUGUUCAAGCCAACCCAUCUCUUUUGGUUUGGCAUUAAUUUUUAGAUAAAAAUAAGAGACGACAACAUUGGAAGCACUGGAAUGAUUGAGGGUUUAAUUUAAACUUUGACUUAUGAAGAAUUAAGUUGAAAUAGCAUGUACCUAUCAGCAAUCAAGAUAAGGUUUUCCUCCUGUUCUUUUCACACCCCAAAAUCUGUCAGAAUUCAAAUAGCAGAUUAGUUGGAAGUUUUGGACCAUUUACACACCACCGACCACUCAUUGAUGCCAUCCAUAUCACUUUUUGGUGCAAAGUGCAGGACAGCCAAUAGGCGACAUGGUUGGGUGAGUAAUGGCCAUGUAAUAAAUGAUGAUACUUUGUGCUAACUUUUCUGGUUGUAAAGAGAUAGAUAUGUAGAUAGGAAGAUGCUAUUGCAUCAAACUCUUGAUGAUGCUCUGGUCGGGUUUGUGGGUUGUAAAUGCCCAACUUUUUUGGGGCAUAAAGUCUGUUCUGAUUACUGGAAUGGAUCCUUUUUUGGAGUUGUUGGGUGGUGGGGUCUGUUGCAGACUUUUAAUAAUGGAAACCGUAAUGUUGCUAUGUGUA